ACGCCGACGCCGACGCGCCCCGGAAGGACUUCUGGGCCUUCGCGGAGGCCGAAAAGGCCUACGUAGGUGGUAGGAAUGUCACAAGAGAAUGUGGGCAGCAGACAAAGAACACACGUUUAUUGUUCAGGAGGUGUCCCUGGACCGAUGGGGCCCCAAUCUGCCCCCCGCGGUGGAGGCCGUGGGCGGCCGGCUGCCCAGACGCGUGUCCGUGGAGCGCUACAUGCGCCAGUUCGCGCACCUCAGCGUGGCGCCUCUUUUGUCGGACGUGCCCGCCCACCUCUUGGAGCCGCCCCCUCCCCCCGGCCGCCCCGGCCCUCAGGACGGCGCGCGCGGGCUGGGCGACGCCCACACUUUCUUGCCGCUGCACGUGUUCGACGACGAGGAGUACGACUGCAGGGCUACCGUUGGGUGGACGCCGGUGCCGUCGACUUCGACCCAGAGCUUCUGGAGUGGACUGUGCUGGACGGCGCGAAGCAGAGUCACCGCCUGCCCAGGCUGUACGUCCGAUUCAGGGCGGAGGACCCGGCCCUGUUCUGCCAGCGCGUCAGGGAGGCCGUUGAGGCGCGGGAAGAGGCGGAGGCGGCCAUAAGGUUCAAUCUGUUCGUGGACUGCAUGCCCGUGGACGACCUGGACGAUAUGGACCAGGGAAUGCUUGGGGCCCUGCCUGGAGGCGCUCUCGCGGCCAACAAGCACUCCGUCGCGAAGAUCGAGCAGGAGGUGCGCUUCUCCUACAAGCGCACAAUGUGCCAGCUCUUAUUACUCGCGGAGAUGGAGCGCCACCCCGACGUCUUCGAUUUUCUAGUGGCGCCGACGCGGCCGCCAGAAAAGGUGCCCGCCUUGGCCUCGGUGCCCGUGGACGUGUCCGACUUCCCGCAGCGCCGGUCGCACGCCUACUGGGAGAACCUGUUCGCCAUCAAGGAGGCCAGCGAGGGCAUGGCGAAGGUGGUGGAGGAGUGCGAGAAGGUGGCCGAGCAACUUCUGUUCACCAGCUCCUUCGGCCGGAACGUCUCCCUGGACGAGUUCGUGGUGCAGCAGACGCACACCACCACUAAAGUGAUCCAGAGCCUGCGCACGCAGUGGCUGCAGCGCGUCGCAGACAACAUCCGCCUCAAGCUGUGCGACGUGGGCAAGGGGUGGUACAGCCUCAAGGAAAAGUCGUGGGACUUGCACCUCAUGUCCAAGAUGCACCGCCUGCUGAGCGUCACCCGGCUGCGCAUGGAGGCCGCGCUGCACCGCCUGGUGAAGCACUCCCUGGAGCUGCUGGUGCCCAUGGUGCAGGCGCCGUGCCAGUGCUGCCUGGGGGUGGACGACGCCAUGGUGUGGGGGCUGAACCUGGUGGAGUCGCCCUUCUGCCCCGCCACCGCGCCCAUCUUCCACCUCAGCCUCAAGCUGGACGUGUCGGGGCCGCAGCUCACCACCGACCCCGCCCAGUACAAGGAAGCCCUCAAGAAGAUAUUCGACGACGCAGUGCUGGGCGCGCACACCAUCCCGCCCGUGGACCCCAUGCUCAUGACUAACCUGGUGUACCCCGACAACCUGGCACUGUCCUCGGUGGGCCUGAUGGACCCUUGGGUGGACAAGCAGCGCGACUUGCUGCUGACGGGGCUGCAGUGCGCCGCCAUCCCCCUGCAGGCCUACCGCGAGGAGUACCACCGCUUCCUGGACUUCUACAACCUCAACGUGGCCGACUACGUCAGCCGCUACAAGGAAGAAGAGCACACUGCAGCCGAGUUCAAAGAGGAGGUGAAGGAGCGCGUCAAGAUGAGGGACAAUGUGCUGCUGACGGUGCCCGAGAGCAUCGUCAUCGGCCCCUUUCUCGUGAACGUGGCGCCCGCCCGGAACGCGCUGCUCGCCAAGAGCCAGGCCCUCAUCGACCAGAUGCUGCAGAUGUACAGCCAAGUGUUGCGCACGCAGCUAGACGCGGUACUCGAGGAGUACGCGGACAUCCUGACGAGCAUAGUGCAGAAGCCAAACUCCAUCGAGCACGUCAUGGAGAUCAGGGAGAGCAUGGAGAGCGCCGUGCAUCUGAUCCGCACUCUGGAAGACACUGCGCGGAGACUGCUGUUUGAGUACGAGGUGCUGGACUACUUCUGGUUCUCUCUGUCGGACGACGACUUCAACGCCAAAUGGGAGGCUGUGGCCUGGCCCCACAAGUUAUCCAAGGUCAUAGCCAACACGACCGAGAACUUGAUCGAGGAGACGCAGAAGUUCCUCACGCUACACAUAGGUGACGAAAUGGUGCACCAGGAGGACAUCGAGUACUUGACGGAGCGCGUGGUGCACCUGCAAGGCGAGUCCAACUUCGACAAGGUGCACGAACUGGCCAUCGAGAUCAGCCGCAUCUGGAAGAUGAUGAAGGAGAAGCAGGAGGAGGGGCUGGUGCUGAACCGCCGGCAGAAGCUGUUCGACCUCCCCGUGACCCCGUACGACGACCUGAACCGCCUGGUCAAGGAGUUCCAGCCCUACCGCGACCUCUGGACCACCGCGUCGGAGUGGGUGCAGGCGAGGGAGAUCUGGAUGGACAACCCGCUGUCCAACGUGGACGGCGACUCGGUGGAGCGCAUCAUCGCCGACUCGUACAAGACCAUGACCAAGCUGACGCGCACCUUCGCCGAGAUCCCGCUCGUGCAGAAGGUGGCCGUGGACGUCAAGGAAGCCAUCGACGACUUCCGGCCCAUGGUGCCGCUGCUGGUCGCGCUCAGGAACCCCGGCCUUCGGCAGCGGCACUUCGACGAGCUGCGCCAGGAGACGGGCGUCAACAUCAAGGUGGCGCCAAACCUGACGUUCAAGAUGUGCCUGGAGGCCGGCGUGCAGGCGCACAAGGACGUCGUGGUGCUGAUCGCGGAGACGGCGGGCAAGGAGUACUCGAUCGAGAGCGCGCUGGAGAAGAUCGAGAAGGAGUGGGAGGCCGUCAUGAUGGACGUGCAGCCGUACAAGAGCACGGGCACGUACAUCAUGAAGGUGACGGACGAGGAGCUGCAGAUGCUGGACGACCACAUCCUGGCCGUGCAGCAGAUGUCGUUCAGCCCCUUCGUCGGCGUGUUCGGCAAGCCGGUGGCCGACUGGGAGGGCAAGCUGCGUCUCAUGGCCGAAGUCCUGGAGGAGUGGAUCCAGCUGCAAAUCCAGUGGAUGUACCUGGAGCCCAUCUUCUGCAGCGAGGACAUCGCGCGCCAGCUCCCGGCCGAGAUGAAGAAGUACGGCUCCAUGGAGCGCUUCUGGCGACGCAUCAUGAAGAUGGCAUCCGAAUAUCCUAAGGUGUUGGCCAUCUGUCCGGACAAGCGUUUGCUGGAGCAGAUCAAGGAGAACCGUGCCCUGCUGGAGCAGGUGCUGAAGGGCCUGUCCGAGUACCUGGAAGACAAGCGCAUGGCGUUCCCCCGCUUCUACUUCCUGUCCGACGACGAGCUGCUGGAGAUCCUGGCCCAAAACCGGAACCCCCUGGCUGUGCAGCCUCACUUGCGGAAGUGCUUCGAGAACAUCUACAAGCUUCACUUCGACGAGGCAGACCUAAAGAUAACCACCAUGUUCUCCGCCGAGGGCGAGAGUGUCGAGCUCAUUCCCCACAUGUACCCCAAGGGCAAUGUGGAGGCCUGGCUCAGCAAGGUGGAGGAGACGAUGCAGACCACGGUGCAGGAGACGCUGGGGCAGGCGCUGUCGGACAUGGAGGGCCGCAGCCGGGCCGAGUGGGUGCUGCGCUGGCCGGGGCAGGUGGUGAUCGCGGGCUGCCAGACGGCGUGGACCACGCACGUGGAGGAGGCCAUCCAGGAGGGCACGCUCGCCGCUUUCCAGACGCGGAUGCACGAAUACAUUGACACGUACCGCGCCCUGGUGCGGGGGCAGCUGUCGCGCAUGGAGCGGCAGGUGAUGUCGGCGCUCAUCGUGGUGGAGCUGCACGCCCGGGACGUGCUGGACGGGCUGGUGGAGCAGCGCGUCGCCACCACCAACGACUUCGACUGGAUGAGCCAACUGAGGUACUACUGGGUGGAGGGUGAGGAGGCGACGCUCAAGGUGCGCGCCGUGAACGCCGAGUUCCAGUACGGCUACGAGUACCUGGGCAACUCGGGCCGCCUGGUCAUCACGCCGCUGACGGACCGCUGCUACCUCACUCUGACCGGCGCGCUGCACCUCUACUUCGGCGGCGCGCCCGCCGGCCCCGCCGGCACGGGAAAGACGGAGACCACCAAGGACCUGGCCAAGGCCAUGGCCAUCCAGUGCGUCGUGUUCAACUGCUCGGACCAGCUGGACGUCCAGGCCAUGGGCAAGUUCUUCAAAGGCAUUGCGAGUGCUGGCGCGUGGGCGUGCUUCGAUGAGUUCAAUCGGAUCGACAUCGAGGUGCUCUCCGUGGUCGCCCAGCAAGUCGUGUCCAUUCAGAAAGCACUGGCCGCCAGAAUGCAACGGUUCCAGUUCGAGGGCGUGGAGAUCGCGCUCAAGCCGGCCGCUGCCGUGUUCAUCACGAUGAACCCCGGGUACGCGGGCCGCACGGAGCUGCCGGACAACCUCAAGGCUCUGUUCCGCCCCGUGGCCAUGAUGGUCCCCAACUACACCCUCAUCGCCGAGAUUUCCCUGUUCUCGUUUGGCUUCAACGACGCGCGCGAGCUCGCCAACAAGAUCACCACCACGUUCAAACUCAGCUCUGAGCAGCUCAGCUCGCAGGACCACUACGACUUCGGCAUGCGCGCGGUGAAGACCGUGAUCGCGGUGGCCGGCAACCUGAAGCGGGAGAAGCCGGACAUGGGCGAGCCGCAGAUCGUGCUCCGGGCCAUCAGGGACGUGAACGUGCCCAAGUUCCUGCGCGACGACCUUAAGCUGUUUAACGGGAUCGUUUCUGACCUGUUCCCACGGCUCAAGGAGGAGCAGGUGGACUACGGCGUGCUGCUCGAAGCCAUCGGCAGGGUGUGCACUCAGAGGGGUCUGCGGGACGUGGAGGGCUUCGUGGAGAAGGUGCUGCAGCUGUACGACACGACGGUGGUGCGCCACGGCCUGAUGCUGGUGGGGCCGACGGGCAGCGGCAAGACCAAGUGCUACGAGGUGCUGAAGGACGCCAUGACGCUGCUCUCCGGUAAGCAGUCGCCUAGCGGGACACCCUUCACGCCGGUCCACGCCGCCGUCCUGAACCCCAAGGCCAUCACCAUGGGGCAGCUCUACGGCGAGUUCGACGCCGUCACCCACGAGUGGACGGACGGCAUCCUGCCGUCGCUGGUGCGGGUCGGCGCCGCCGCCGUGGACGCGGACAAGCGCUGGUUCGUGUUCGACGGCCCGGUGGACGCCGUGUGGAUCGAGAACAUGAACACGGUGCUGGACGACAACAAGAAACUUUGCCUCACGAGCGGCGAGAUCAUCAAGAUGACGGAGCACAUGACGAUGAUGUUCGAAGUGGCGGACCUGGCCGUGGCGAGCCCGGCCACCGUGUCGCGCUGCGGCAUGGUGUACCUCGAGCCCGGCGUGCUGGGGCUGCGGCCUUUUCUGGAAUGCUGGCUGCGCACGCUGCCACAGCACGGCCUCGACGCGCUGCCCAGCCUGGCCGAGGACUUGCUGGCGCUGCUCGACACCUCCGUCCCCGAGGCCGGGUUACACGCUACAGGCCGGCCUUCACCGUCUCGCCUUAUCCCUCCAGCGUCGCUGCUGGCGCCGUGGGUGGCGCUGGCCGUGGUCUGGUCCGUGGGCGCGACCUGCGACAACGCCUCGCGCCACAAGUUCUCCGCGUGGCUGCGGCGCACCAUGGCGACCCAAGGUCACGGGCCCGCCUUCCCCAGCGAGGGGCUCGUCUACGAUUACAGGCUCCACGACGGCGGCUUCCAGGACCCCACCGACGACGGCGAGCCGGCGGCUCCGCGGUGGCUGCACUGGAUGCACGACCAGGAGCCCUACGCCAUCCCCGAGGACGCGCUGUACUCCGACAUCGAGGUGCCCACACUGGACACGCGGCGCUGCGGCGCCAUGCUGGAGCUGCUGGUGACGCAGGGCCGCAACGUGGCGUGCGUGGGCCCCACGGGCACGGGCAAGACCCUCACCGUCGUGGCCAAGCUGACCCGCGGCCUGCCUGACAAGUACAUCGCCGACUGCCUGUGCUUCUCGGCGCGCACCUCGGCCAACCAGACCCAGGACGUGAUCGACUCCAAGCUGGACCGGCGGCGGAAGGGCGUGUUCGGGCCCCCGCAGAACAAGCGUCAGCUGCUCUUCAUCGACGACUUCAACAUGCCCGCGCUGGAGGUGUACGGCGCGCAGCCCCCCAUCGAGCUGAUACGCCAGUGGCUGGACUUCCAAGGCUGGUACGACCGCAAGGCCGUGGGCGAGUUCCGGCAGAUCGUGGACGUAAACCUGGUGGUGGCCAUGGGCCCUCCCGGGGGUGGCAGGAACGCCGUCACGCCCCGGGUCAUGAGGCACUUCCACUACCUGGCGUUCCCGGAACUGGAGGACCACAGCAAGGCCACCAUCUUCGGCACCAUCUCUCGCUGGUGGCUGGAGCGCACGGACGGCCUCCUGGGCGAGCUCGACCGCCUCGUGCUCGCCACCCUGGACGUGUACGACGUGGUGCUCAAGGAGCUGCUGCCCACGCCCACCAAGACCCACUACACCUUCAACGUGCGCGACCUCAGCAAGGUCUUCCAGGGCGUGCUCAUGGCGUCCCCCAAGAACGUCACCACGCUGGACCAGCUCCUCGUGCUUUGGUACCACGAGAACCUGCGCGUGUACCAGGAUCGUCUGGUGAACGACAGGGACCGCUCUUGGUUCGCCGAGCGGCUCAGGUCGGUCCUGCGCACGCGUUUCAGCCAGGACCCCGUCGGCCAGGAGACGCUGUACUUCGGCGACGUGGCCAACGUGGAGCGGGAGUACGUUCGCAUCACGGACGUGGACAAGUUGUCGGACGUCCUGCAAGAGCUGCUGGACGACCUCAACUCGCAGAGCACGGCGCCGAUGCAGCUGGUGCUGUUCACGGACGCCAUGCAGCACGUGUGCCGCAUCGCGCGCGUCCUGCGGCAGCCCCAGGGCAACGCGCUGCUGCUGGGCAUGGGCGGCUCGGGCCGCCGGAGCCUCACCAAGCUGGCGGCCUUCGCCAUGGAGCUGACGUGCUACAGCAUUGAGCUGAGCCGAGCCUACGGCCUGGCGGAGUGGCGGGACGACAUCAAGACCCUGUUGCUCAAGGCCGGCCUGCACAUGCGCGAGUCCGUCUUCCUCUUCUCUGACACGCAGAUCAAGUCCGAGUCCUUCCUUGAGGACCUGAACAGCAUCCUGAACGCCGGCGACGUGCCCAACAUCUACGACGCCGAGGAGCUGGACAAGAUCUACCAGCAGAUGCGCGGCGUCGUGACGGAGCGGGGGCUGCAGGCGACGCGCUCCAACAUGGUGGCGGCCUACCAGCGCUGCGUCAAGUCCAACCUGCACUGCAUCAUCGCCAUGAGCCCCAUCGGCGACCUGUUCCGCGCGCGCCUCCGGAUGUUCCCCGCCCUCGUCAACUGCUGCACCAUCGACUGGUUCAGCGCGUGGCCGGACACCGCUCUGCAGUCGGUGGCGCUGCGGUUCCUGUCCAACAUCCCCGACCUGAGCGUGCCCCCGGCGGUGCUGGACGGCAUGGUGGCGGUGUGCCGAGGCAUGCACACCAGCGUCGAGGCGGCCAGCGAGCUGUUUGUCCAGGAGCUGUCCCGCCACUGCUACGUGACCCCAACGUCGUUCCUGGAGCUGCUGACUAGUUACUCGGACUUGCUGAUGCGGAAGCGCGCCGAGCUGGACCAGGGCGUAGUGCGCCUGCGCAAGGGCCUGCACAAGCUGCACAAGACUGCCGAGGAGGUGGCCGAGCUGCAGAAGGACCUGGCCGCCAUGCGGCCCUCGCUGCUCAAGGCGCAGCAGGAGACCGUCUUGAUGCUGGACAGGAUCGCCGCCGACACGGUACAAGUGGAGAAGGCGGGCGAGGAGGUGCAGAAGGAGGAGAAGGUGGCCAGCGAGAAGAGCGCCGAGUGCGCCGCCAUCGCGGAGGACGCGGAGGCCGACCUGGCCGAGGCCAUGCCCGCCCUGCGCGAGGCCGAGAAGAGCCUCCAGGCGCUCAACAAGAACGACAUCAGCGAGGUGCGCGCCCUCAAGAAGCCCCCCGCCGGCGUGGUGCUGGUGAUCGAGGCCAUCUGCAUCGCCAUGGGGGUGCCGCCCAACAAGGUGCCUGGGGCCAAGCUCGGCGAGAAAGUGAACGACUUUUGGACGCCCGGCACGGCGCUGUUGGCCAGCCCGGACCAGUUCCUCAGCUCGCUCGUCAACUACGACAAGGAGAACAUGACGGAGGAGGCUGUCAAGAAGCUCAAGCCGUACAUUGAAAACCCACAGUUCCAGCCCAGUUUCGUGGUCAAGGUGUCGAAGGCCUGCGGGUCGCUGUGCGUGUGGACGCACGCCAUCUACAAGUUCUACUUCGUGAACCUGAACGUCAAGCCCAAGAAGCAGAAGCUGGCCGAGGCCAACAGGGAGCUGCAGGCCACUCAGAAGCAACUACAAGCCACUCAGGAGCGAAUGGCCAAGAUUGUGGCGGGGCUGGAGGCGCUGCAGGCCGAGCUGCGCGCCACAGAGAGCAAGAAGGCCGAGCUGGAGGCCCGCGCCCAGCAGUGCGAGGACCGCAUGGACCGGGCGCGGCGGCUGCUGGGCGGCGUGGCCUCGGAGCAGGGGCGCUGGGCCGACACCGUCAAGGAGCUCGAGGCCGGCAAGGACGUGCUCAUCGGGGACGUCCUCAUCAGCGCCGGUGCCGUGGCCUACCUCACGGUCUUCACGGACCGGUACCGGCGCGAGCUGCUGCAGCGCUGGAAGGCGGCGCUGCAGGCCGCGGCCGUGCCGCACAACCCCGGCUGCGGCCCCGUCGCCACCCUGGGCGACCCCGUGGCCGUGCGGCUGUGGCAGGUGGACGGGCUGCCUCGGGACGCGCUGUCCAUCGAGAGUGCCGUGUUGGUGGCGCACUCCCGACGCUGGCCGCUGUUCAUCGACCCGCAGGGCCAGGCCAACCGCUGGAUCAGGAGCACGUUUAAGGACAAAGAGCUCGUGGUGCUGAAGCUGUCUGAUCGCGCCCUGAUGCGGUCGCUCGAGACCGCCAUUCGCUACGGCUUCCCGGCGCUGCUGGAGAACGUGGGCGAGGAGCUGGACCCCGCGCUGGAGCCCGUGCUGUCCAGGGCCACGUUCCAGCAGGGCGCGUCCGUCGUCAUGAAGCUAGGCGACACCAUGGUGCCGUACAACCCGAGCUUCAAGCUCUUCAUCACCACCAAGCUGGCCAACCCGCACUACCUGCCCGAGGUAGCCAUCAAGGUCCUGCUCGUCAACUUCGCCCUGGUGCCGAGCGGCCUCACGGACCAGCUGCUGGCCCUGGUGGUGUCGGAGGAGCGGCCCGACCUGGAGGAGGCGCGCUCGGCCAUCGUCACCUCGUGCGCGCAGAUGAAGCUGGAGCUCAAGGAGAUCGAGGACCACACGCUGGAGCUGUUGUCCGCCUCCGAGGGCUCGCCCGUGGACGACAUCGACCUCAUCCUGUCGCUCGAGGCGUCCAAGCUCAAGUCGGACGAGAUCCUGGCCAAGGUGGAGGCCAGCGAGGAGACUCAGAAGGAGAUCGACCGCACGCGGGCCGGCUACCUCCCCGUGGCCAACCGCGCCCAGAUCCUCUACUUCUGCCUCAACGACCUGGCGCGCCUGGACCCCAUGUACCAGUACUCGCUCGAGUGGUUCACGGCCAUCUUCGUGGCGGCCAUGCGCGCCAGCGCCAAGGGCGAGGCCGAGCAGGAGGAGCUGCAGGCGCGCAUCCGCGCCAUCAACGACGCCUUCACCUUCUCGCUGUACGGCAACGUGUGCCGGUCGCUGUUCGAGCGCCACAAGCUGUGGUUCGCCGUGCUGGUGUGCGCGCGCAUCCACCUGUACCACGGCGCCAUCCAGCCCGCCGAGUGGCAGUUCUUCCUCUCCGCCGGCAUCCCCGACGCGAUGGAGCCGAACCCGGCGCCGGCGUGGCUCUCCCCGCGGGCCUGGAGCGAGCUACUGGCCAUGAGGAAGCUGGACCGGCUCAGGGAGUUUGCCCAGAGCUUCCCUCAAGGCAUCGCUCAAUACAAGACCAUCUUCGACUCGGAGCGCCCCCAUGGCGAGCCGCUGCCCGAACCCUGGCAGUCCCGCCUCGACGGCUUCCAGCGGCUGCUGCUGCUGCGCGCGCUGCGCCCCGACAAGCUCACCGAGGGGCUGCAGGGCUGGCUGACUCGCCAGCUGGGCGCGCGCUUCGUGGAGCCGCAGGCCGCCGACGUGGCCACCAUGUUCAAGGACGCCUCCCCCACCAUCCCGCUGGUGUUCGUGCUGUCGGCGGGGACGGACCCGGCGCAGGAGCUGUUCGUCUUUGCGGACAAGAUGCGCAUGGCCAAGCGGCUGGGCGUCAUCUCGCUGGGCCAGGGCCAGGGCCCGCGGGCCGAGGCGAUGCUGCUGCAGGCCAUGGAGGACGGCUCCUGGGUCUUCUUCCAGAACUGCCACCUGGCGCCGAGCUGGAUGCCGCGGCUGGAGCAGCUCCUGGAGGGCGUCACGGAGGACGGCGUGCACCGGGACUUCCGCCUGUGGCUCACGUCCACGCCGAGUCCCUCCUUCCCCGUCGCCAUCCUGCAGGCCUCCUCGAAGAUGACUGUGGAGCCUCCGCGCGGCGUCAAGGCCAACCUGCUGCGGGCCUUCCUCAGCCAGAUCCCCGCCUACGAGGACCUGUUCAACUCGCAGCACUCCAAGGCGCUGCCGUUCCGGCGCCUGGCGCUCUCGCUCACGCUGUUCCACGCCGUGGUCCUGGAGCGCCGCAAGUUCGGCGCGCUGGGCUUCAACAUCCCCUACGAGUUCACCGAGGGCGACCUGCGCAUCUGCCUGUCGCAGCUGCACAUGUUCCUCAUGGAGUACCACGACGUGCCCGUCAAGGUGAUGCGCUACACUGCCGGCCAGAUCAACUACGGCGGCCGCGUGACGGAUGACUGGGACCGGCGCACCAUCGCCCACCUGCUCUCGCAGCACUACGACCACGCCGUGGUUCAGGCCGACCACAAGUUCGACGACGCAGGCAUCUACAAGCAGCUGCCCGACGCGACGCUCAUGCCGGACUACCUGACGUACCUGCGGACGCUGCCCAUCAACGACCGACCCCAGCUGUUCGGCCUGCACCCCAACGCGGACAUCUCGUGCGCGCAGAACACGGCCUACUCGGGGCUGGCGGCGCUCGUGUCGCUGCAGCCGCGUGCCGGCGGCGGUGGCGGCGGGCCGUCGGCAGAGCAGGCCAGCAUGGAGACGGCCACGGCGCUGCUGCGUCAGAUCCCGCCGCCCCUCGACGUGAACGCCAUCAUGAAUAAGUACCCCGUCUCCUACGAGGAGUCCUUCAACACGGUGCUGGUGCAGGAGGUUCUGCGCUACAACAAGCUGCUGGCCACGGUGACGCAGUCCCUGCAGGACCUGGUGCGCGCCGUGCAGGGCCUGGUCGUCAUGUCGGCCGCGCUGGAGGCCGUGGCCGACUCGCUCGCCGCCAACGCCGUGCCGCAGCUGUGGGCCGCCAAGGCCUACCCGUCACUCAAGCCGCUGGGCGCGUGGGUGUCCGACUUGCGGGCGAGGUUGGCUUUCCUGGCGACGUGGGCGGAGCGCGGCAUCCCGGCCGCCUUCUGGAUCUCGGGCUUCUACUUCCCGCAGGCCUUCCUCACCGGCACGCUGCAGAACUACGCCCGGAAGCACGUCGUCUCCAUCGACACCAUCGGCUUCGCCUUCCGAGUGCUGGCUGACCGGCCCUCGGCACGCCCCCAGGAGGGCUGCGUGAUAUACGGGCUGUUCAUGGAGGGGGCGCGCUGGCACCCCUCCGAGGCGGUCGUCGCCGAGUCCCUCCCCAAGGAGCUGUACACAGACAUGCCGCCCAUGCUGCUGCUGCCCGAGCCGCACCACAAGGAGGCUGCGGCGGGGCUGUACGUGUGCCCCGUGUACAAGACGCUGCAGCGCGCGGGCACGCUGUCCACCACGGGCCACUCCACCAACUACGUCCUGGCCGUGGAGCUGGCCAGCAAGCGGCCGCAGGGCCACUGGGUGGGCAGGGGCGUCGCCCUGUUCUGCGCGCUGGACUAUUAAAUACUUUUUCCCUGGCCCCUUUUUUUAAGCGGUCUUGCUACCGCUU